AUUAACCGGCCUGUUGCUGGACAGGCUGCAUGACAGGCUGCUGCUGCCCUCGCCCGCCUAGUCGCUUACCAGUUCCACCUUUCAGCUGCCGGAGGAGCUGCUUCAGCGGUUACAUUCUGUUUUUGGAGCAGAGCAGGGAUACAAUACAGCUAUGUCCGAGGAGGUUGAAGGAACGAGGGCUUCUGAAGAUCAGCAGGAAAUGGAGGACAAAGUAACCAGUCCAGAGAAAGCCGAGGAGGCCAAACUGAAGGCUAGGUAUCCCAACCUUGGAGCCAAGCCUGGAGGCUCAGACCUUCUUAGGAAAAGACUUCAGAAGGGGCAAAAGUAUUUUGAUUCUGGUGACUACAACAUGGCCAAGGCAAAGAUGAAGAACAAACAGCUGCCAUCUGCACCAACAGAGAAGACAGAGAUUACAGGCGGCCACAUCCCAACACCUCAGGACCUGCCUCAAAGAAAGACUUCGAUCGUGGCCAGCAAACUGGCUGGUUGAUGUUUUUAUGUUUACUGUUUUGUUACCAUUCCAGCUCCCACUUCAUAUCUACCUGCCGUUUACGUUUUUGUUAAUUUUUCACCUUUGUAUGUAUUCUGUCAGAACAAGUAAUGUACCAAGUCAAAUUCUUGAGAAAAAUUGGCAACUGUCAGACACUGAAUUGUCAGUGAGUAAAAUCCAACAGAGAAGUAGCUGAAAAUGUGUCUCAGAAUUCUAAAAGAGACUAAAUAGCGGUUUAUUGAACAUGAUCACACUCGUAAAUAUGAAUGGUUGUCAGUGCUAUAUAAGUUUUACAGAGCAUCACUUUUAAGGAUAUAUGCCUCCAUACAAAUUGUCAAACAGUAGUUGAAGAGCCUGCACAGAUGAUCUGUUCACCUCCAAAGGAAUCUUGUUUCACCAUGUUAAUGUUAGUUAAAGAGGCAAAAAUAACAACAGAGAAAAUAUUAUCAAGGUUUGCAUUGAUGUAUGUGUGAGGACUGUAAUUAACAGCUCAUAUGGAGGCAUGUCUGUUUAAAUAGUGAAAAGUGAAGUAAUCCCACUUUGUUUUUUUGUUUUCUAAUCCUUGAUUGUGUGUCCUUUCCUCUCUCUGUGAAACUGUUUGAUUCUGUGCUUUCAACGCACUGAAGAGUAGAUCACACACACUUUGUAGCCAGUUGUGUUUUAAUUCAUUUUAGUGAUAUUGGUUUGCAAAGACUUGCUGCUGGUCUCCAUUUCAUCCUGACCUUUAAAAUGGCCUUAAAAGUAAUGAACCCUCUUGAGCAAUAUUUGCUCCCUCAGUGAGAAUCUUAGUUGUGAAUUUUGCCUGAAAUGUCUGUCACUGUCUGACUGGAAUCACUUAGGAUUUUAUGGAAAGAAACUCCCUUGACAUGUCUGGAGUGUGCAUGUGCAUUUACUGUGCAGUCACACUGUGCCAUUUGUUUUGUAAAUAAAAUAGUUUUGCAUAAUAUCUUUA